CUGGAUCUUCUGCGUCGGGUGGUGGGCGCCUCACGCCGGCUGCACACCUUGGACGUGUCAGGCGCUAUGAGUGCGGCUGACGCAGCCCUGCUGUCCUCUCUAGCCCUCUAUACGGCACCUCCUGCAAUUCCCGGCAUGGAGGAGGAGGCACGUGACGCGGCCGCCCUCGGGUAUCUGCCUUACCCGUCGCUACAGCUCUUCGGCAACCCCCAUUCCGUUGGCGACGACGACCCGGAGCACGUUGCUGCUGCUGCUGCCGCGGCCGCUGCUGCUAGGCGCCAGGCCGCAGCAGCAGAGGCUGCGGCGGUUGCUGUAACCGGUCCCUAUCCCGGCAGUGCCGCCACUGCUGCCAGCACCCGCAGCGGCACCUCGUCUUCUUCAGCCUCUUCCCUGGACGCCGAG